CCAAAGUGAAAAUGAAGCUCAACAAAUCCACAAUAAUCUAUAUAUUUAUCUAUUAGACCUUGACAGAGAAGAACCUAAAAAUAUUACUUUAAAUCUUUAUAUCCCUGGUGACGAUUUUAAACAAAAACUAGCUCAUAUCUGUGGUGCUAUCACUCAAAUACAAAAACGAACACACUCAAAUGGAACCAUACUUGAACUUUUCUUUAAACUUGGACAACUUUUAGAAACUCAAAAUUGGCAACCCUCUGCUCGACGAGAAUUAUAUUCAUAUUUUUCACCUAGAAAAGCCAGAAAUGUAUGGAAAAUAGCCCAACGAACUCAUCAACUUUUUAAUAUUCGUG